UUCUUUUGCCAUGAGUCACAAGAAUAACUUAUUCUUGUGACUAUAGACAUCACAAUAUUUGUGAAGGCGUAGUUCGGGAAAUAUUACUUAAACAGCUAAGCUAUAAAAUGUCUCCUAAAUACGUAUUGAAUUAUUUCAAUAUUCAAGGAAAGGGUGAGAUAGCUAGAUUUUUAUUUCAUUGCAAAGGUGUGGAGUUCACAGAUAAUCAAAUCAGCUUCCAAGAUUGGCCUUCACACAAAGGCGAUAGUUCUAGGUUUCCUUUGGGACAAAUGCCAACAUUAGAAAUAGAUGGAAAUGUUAUUUGUCAAUCUGCAGCUAUUUAUAAAUAUUUGGCUGAAACAUUUGGUCUUAUUGGAGCUAAUCCAUCUGAAAGAUUGGUCAUUAAUCAAGUGUGUGAGACUCUAAAUGAUUUCUGGAAUGAAUAUGUAGAAAUUUGGAAAAGCAAUGGAUCAAACAAUGAUGAAAAGAAAGCAGCUAUAGCUGAAUUUCUUGUAAAGGAAACAACCAAAUUAAAGUUUACUUUUAUUGAGAACUUGUUAAAACAAAACCACGAUGGUCAUGGUUAUUUUGUUGGCAAUUCGAUCUCUCUUGGCGAUUUAGUUUUCUUCCACAUUACUGGAAUGGCUGACAAAUCAUUGUUAAAUGAUUUUCCUUUGCUAGCAGAGCUGAAUGAUCGAGUAAGACAUAGUGCUGAACUGAAAUCAUAUCUGGAUUCAAGAACGCAUCCUCCAUUCUCCAUCUUUCAUUCUUAAAUAAUUUAAAAAGAUUUUUAAUAUUUCUUCUUUUUUA